AUGAUGACAGGAACGUUAGGUGGACCGACUCUUCAUGCCUUUGCUGCCGAGAAUCGCGCCGCAACAACGUCCGCCAGCGAGGACGGCCCUGUACGCCUCUCUGCAGAGCGUCUUGCCAACUUCGUUCCGUCAGUGUGCGUGCGGGGGGAGGAGGUUACACUGCUGCGAGCCUUCGAGGCACUGGAUAAGGAGCAGAAGGGCUACCUGGAAGAGGUGGAGCUCCGCGCUGCCAUGAUGGAGGGCGAUGAAUGCUUCUCGAGUGAAGAAGUGGACGAUAUGUGGAUGGCCAUGCUUGACCCAGAAACGAAUCGAGCACACUACCGUGACUUUGCUGAGAUACUAGCCAGGGAGUGA